AUGGGUAUCUCACGCGAUUCGCGCCACAAGCGCCGUGAAACUGGUGGCAAGCGUAAACUGCACCGCAAGAAAAGGAAAUUUGAGCUCGGCCGUCAGCCCGCAGCUACCAAACUUGGUGGCAAGCGUGUGCACACUGUCCGUGUGCGUGGUGGUCACCUAAAGUUCCGUGCUUUGCAUCUUGAGGCAGGCAACUUUUCGUGGGGCACAGAGGUCUGCGCUCGUAAGACGCGUAUCCUUGAUGUUGUGUACAAUGCUUCAAACAAUGAGCUGGUGCGUACCAAGACGCUUGUGAAGGGCGCUGUUGUGCUGGUGGACGCCACCCCGUUCCGUCAGUGGUACGAGGCUCACUACGGUGUCAAGAUUGGUGUCAAGAAGAACUCGGAGAAGGUCGAGGAGGAAGCGGUCAAGAAGUCGGACCAUGUCUUGCGUAAAUUGGCCAACCGUCAGCGCACGCGCGUGCUUGACUCGAAGAUUGACGACCAAGUGACGUCUGGACGUUUGUUGGCAGUCAUCUCGUCACGUCCUGGUCAGUCUGGUCGUGCUGAUGGCUACAUUUUGGAGGGUAAGGAGUUGGAAUUUUACCAACGUAAGCUUGCUACGAAGAAGUCAAAGAAGUAA